AUGGCGAUCGAAAAUGCGCAGGAUGAUUAUGAGAAGGAAUUCUUUUUCACCACGUGUAGGCAUCAAGUCUGGGAUCUUACGAAGCUUGAGGGCUGUGAUAUCUUGGUAGACCAUAGUCUGAUUUUGUCCGCGCACUUUGUCGAAAACGUUCAUUGGAGAGCGUGCCCAAAGAGCAAUGUCCAUGUCGUCGACACGGAGACGGGAGAGUGGAUCGAUUCCAACACAGCUGGACCGAUCAUUGAUGACUGGGAUGAGGAGAACGAAGAGGACUUCAAGCAGAGGGAGGAAGCGAUGAUGAAGAUGAAAGAACCCCUGCCGCGAAUCGAAUUGAAUUAUUAG